UUGUUAUUUGACUUGCGUCGUAAAGUCGGUUACAAAUAAGAAACACCACCGAGAAGUAGAAGAAAAAAAAACAGCCACGAGAAGCAGAAAGCGUAACAGAGAAGAAGAAGUAGUAGAGAGAGAGAGAGAGUAUUACGAUGAAAACAGAUGAUAAAAAGGAGAAGCCAGCAAUACCCAUGUUAGCAUCAGAAGCGCCCAAGCCAAACGCAGCCAUGGAAACGCAGUCCACAAACGGCGGCGGCGGUAGAAAAGGGAAGAAACGCAGCCGCAAAAUCUGCAUCUGCGUCACACUCCUAAUCCUCCUCCUCAUCUUCGUAGUCCCCCUCGUCUUAGGCCUCACUCUCUUCAAACCCAAACGCCCGAUCACCACCAUCGACUCCGUCGCCGUGGAUCGUCUCCAAGCCUCCGUCGACGUCCUGAAUCUCAAGGUCGUCCUCAACCUAACGCUCAGCGUCGAUCUCUCCUUGAAAAACCCUAACCGCGUCGGAUUCAGCUUCGGCAACGCGUCGGCGUUGCUUAACUACGGCGGCAAGUUGAUCGGAGAGGCGCCGCUUCCGGCGAGUCGAGUCGGGCCGGAGAAUACGCUGCCUAUGAACAUAACGCUGACGCUAAUGGCGGAUCGGUUACUCACCGACACGCAGAUUAUUAAUGACGUCAUGUCUGGGUCUAUACCUAUCAACACUUUCGUUAAAGUCGCCGGGAAAGUAAGAGUUCUGAAGAUUUUUAAGAUUAAAGUUAAGUCGUCUUCGUCGUGUGAUAUUGUGAUCUCUGUUGCGAAUCGUAAUGUUACGAGUCAACACUGUAAGUAUUCGACUAAGCUGUGAUCGUUGUCUGAAGGUUUUAGUUUAUAGAUCUGCGUUGCUUUUGUCUUCUUCUUGUCUUGAUGGUUUUGUUUUUUGAAAUCCUUUUAUGUGUAUGUGUGUAUUAUAUGGUUUAGAACAAAAUAAAUUCAAAAGACAUUGGUUUGUUUUUUCA